AUGGUUGAUGACAUUGCAUCAGCAAUAGAACAGGAGAUGGUGGAAGAAAAGGCUGUAAUGUGCCCAAAACCUUCAGCAAAGAGGCAAAGGAAGAGAUUUCCUGACGCCCGAGAGGAAUCAGAUAAGGAACGUGUAGACGAUAGUCUUCUGCAAGAAGCCCGCAGAAUCAAAGAAAACAACAUAGUCAACAUGAACGCAACAGACAGGAACGUGAGAGCGAAGUGGAAAAAACAGUACCUAUGGUUAUCGAGGAAAUCAAGACGGAAAGUAAAACCAUACAAAGACGACUUUCAGAACCUCAUACCUCUAUGGAGCUUCCAUGCGUUAGAGAACAACCGCAAUUGGUCGAUACCCUAA